AGCAGGGACUUUGGAGUGACUUGUGGCCUCGCUGGGAGCCCUGUGAUCUGGCUGCUUUGAUCUCGCCCUGCAAUGGUGCCUUUGCCUCGGCUAUGCGCGCUCUGGGGCUGCUUGUUGACAGCGGUCCAUCUAGGACAGUGUCUUGCAUGCAGUGACAAACAAUACCUCCACAAUGGCCAGUGCUGUGAUUUGUGCCAACCGGGAAAUAGACUGACAAGCCACUGCACAGCUCUUGAGAAGACUCAGUGUCACCCGUGCAAUUCAGGCGAAUUCUUAGCCCACUGGAACAUGGAGAUCCGCUGUCACCAGCAUAGACACUGCGAACUCAAUCAAGGGCUUCGGGUUCAGAAGGCGGGUACUGCAGAAUCAGACACUGUCUGUGCCUGUAAGGAAGGCCAACACUGCACCAGCAAGGAUUGUGAGGCGUGUGUUCAGCACACACCCUGCGCCCCUGGCUUUGGAGUUGUGAAGAUGGCCACUGAGACUACUGACACCUUCUGUCAUCCCUGCCCAGUCGGCUUCUUCUCCAAUGAGUCAUCGCUUUCCGAAAAGUGUCGUCCUUGGACAAGCUGUGAGGAUAAGAACCUGGUGGUCCUACAGGAAGGAACAAGUGAGACUGAUGUCGUCUGUGGUUUCCAGUUUCGGAUGCGAGCCCUGCUGGUCAUUCCCGUUGUGAUGGUCAUCUUCAUCACCAUCUUAGUGGUGUUUCUCUAUAUCAGUGGUCAAGAAACCAAAGGAUAAUGAGGCCUUACCCCCUGAGGCUGGACGGCAAGAUCCUGUGGAGAUAGAAGAUUAUCCCGGUCACAACACCGCUGCUCCAGUGCAGGAGACACUGCAUGGGUGUCAGCCUGUUGCACAGGAGGAUGGUAAAGAGAGUCGUAUCUCAGUGCAGGAGCGGCAGGUGACAGGCAGCAUAGCCUUGAGGCCCUUGGUCUGAGCCCUGGAACUGCUUUGGAGAAGACAGGUCGGGAGCAGGGGCCUGGCUCUGCCAACUGCUGACAUUUGAAGCUUGCAAGGAGUCAAGACAGAGCCCAGUGCAGCUAACUGUCAUGCCUGCUCCCCUCUUGUGACUCGACUUACCUUUUAAGAUAGAGGAAAAGCUUGGGCAUCGGGGGUCUGCAGUAAUAUCUACAGAGUGCAGCAAUGCAGGACCCAGAGAUAUCCUGCUGGGACUUUCGCUGUAAGGAGUCAUGGACACAGGAGUCCAUGGCCUGAGGCUUGUGGCAAUCAGAAGACACCUGAUAGCCCAUCAGCAGGGGACUGGCUAAAUAAAUCUGUAAUUAUUUAUACAAUGGGGGUCUCAGAAACACUAGCAGGUGGGGCAGAAAACAGGGAGUGGGCUAUGAUGAAACAGCUUUUAAAAACACACUCCAAAGCAGGUAAGAUGGCUCUGUGGGUAAAGGGGCUUGCCACCCAAACCUGAUUACCUGAUUUUGAUCUCUGGGACUACCCGGUAAAAGGAGAGAACCAAAUCCGGAGGGUUGUGAUGCACACAUUUGACCUCCAUGUGUGCUCGGCGGCAUAUGUGCCCAUGUGUGUACAUGUGGGCGUGUGUGUGCACAUAUCCCAAGAUGGAUGUGGUGGUGUAUUGUAGACAUUAUUUAAUCCUGACCCCGGGUUUCUACAGGGGCGUUACCAUUUAGUUCCCGAAUAAAAGACACACUCAACCUUUAUAUUUACAAUAA